CCUUCUCCUCGCACCCGUCACCUCGCGGCCGCCCCAGUGCCAAGCUGUCUCCCUUCGCCUCCAAAAAUGCCACCUCCAGUCCAGCUCUCCCUCUUCCGCCACGCCCUCCCUGCUCCCACACCCGUGUACGCCUGCGUCGGCGCGUACACUGCACCGAAGAGAGCGAACCAGCAGCGGCCCCACCGCGCACAGCAGACUGGCUUGGCUCGUCCACCUGCGUCCGGGAAUUACGCGUCUCACUCCAGAAAUAGGCAUAUCGCCGCUAUAUCAGCCUGCCAAGCAACCAUAUCCCGUCAGCAUGCCUUAAUCUGGCAGCCAUCCGCACGUGAAACGCCCACAUUAUCACCCUUAUCCCACGGUUAACUAUAUCUCUGUUCUUACCUCCGUCUCGGCCCCGACAGAGCCGCCCAAUGCGGCAGUAGACACGGUACCGCCACACACAUAAGACCCGCCCCUCGUUAGGGGCCAUCACUCUGGACCGCCAUGUCGAAUGCAGUGCCUUUCAGCUCGAACACCCGUGUGAUGUCGUUCUCCGACCUCAGUGAAGAUGUACUCGACCAGAUUCUCAGACGACUGCCGGAUUUCAAGACACUCGCGGCCACCAUCCGUACCUCCAAGCAACUCUACGGCAUCCUCGAUGCGCAUCCAAAGUCUAUCACGAGGAAGAUCGCAGAGACUGCAUGUGGCCACCCCGGGGUGUUGCCUGCUGCUCUGAGACUAGUGCGGAAAGUCAUCAAGGGUAACCUCGAAGAUGAUGAAACCGAGCCCGAAGAUGAGGAUGAGAACGAAAUCGUGGUCCCUCAGGAACCUCCAGAAGGGGAGAUGCUAGCAGUGCCAUUGACUCGUGAGGAAGCGCAAUUGUUGGAGGAACAUGGCGAGGUAAUUCGCUCGAUGCAAGACAUAUAUAGCAGGAGGCACAAGGACCGCAUGUCCUCUGCAAGUCGGCUUACACCCGACGAAGCAUUGCCCUUCAAGCGAGGGAUGUACCGUUUUUGGCUUUUCUGCGAAUGCUAUGCCCCGUCGGAAGACGAUGACCGCGACGAUUACCGCUACGAUGACCGUCAGGCUGCGCGGCAGCGAGCAGCAGACGAGUUCCUCGAGUUGCUACCUGCAGACGAUCUAUUUGAGGUGGGCGCUGCUGCCGCGUUCUGCGCCGAGAUGCACGAGUGCAACUACACAGCUGCGAAUGCGGCGCAUAAUCACCCUAUGAUACCGAACUGGCAUCUGGAUCACUCAUGCCUGGGCCCCGGAUCAAUUAUGGAGGAUUUUGAGAAGCUGGCCAUAACCCAACCUGAGGACUCAGGACUCUUUUGGACGUCUUUUGAGCGGGCCGUGACACGCUUGGGUCUCAACCAGAAAACUCGAGACGACAGGCUUGCCGACGCAAUCACUAGAGAAGUCGUCGGGGCAAAUGACAGCUGUGAUCGAUGCCACGCCGUGAGGGGAAUUGACCUCUGGGGAGCGACCAACUGGCCCCUCAUCCGUGGAUUUAUCUCGCUCUUUGAGUUCACAACGCUGCUCCCAGGACAUCUUCCACGGAACGACAUCGAGACGACACCGCUGCUCCAACGCCUUGGCUCUGAGCACUAUUUUAGAGGCACAUGUAGGGCGGAGGCAGACGAGAUAAUCACGAAGCUGAUGGAGGAGAUGAUCGAGACCGACGUGGAUGGCGGGGGGACGUGGACGAGGGACGGGUGGUACUGUCUCGACUGCGUACGCGAGCUGUUCAAAGAAAGGCUGUGGCGGUGGUGGUACGCGAAGAAGCGAGAAGGUGGCGCGCCUGAGAUGGAAAAUUGUUGGUAUGGAUAUAAUUGCCGGACAAUGCUACAUAGGCGACUGCACGCUUCGAAGUUAAACCAUCUCUGUGUACCUACGCGCGGGGAAUUAUAAGUAUCGAAUCUGCAGUUGCGGUCAAGCAGACGCGAAACCUAUUGAUUAAUCACGUUGAAUGUCAAAUUCCUGUAAGUCGUACAGUGCUGCACCUAUGUGUCCAAGCUGCUCUACUAUAGUGGGCACUCCCUCUGCGUGGUAUGAGUUGAUGAGAUUCAGAGUCUCCUGCAUUGCCAAUUGCUGUCAUGAC